AGCCCACGAGGCGCCGCCAGCAGUCAGGUCCCGGGCGGGCUGCCAGCCGCGAGGCCCCAGCAGGCGCUGGCUGCGGGGCAGAUGCGGGAAGCCGCCGCGACCGGCCGAGACGCCGCGGGCCUCUCCACUCGCUGCCCGGCCCCCCGGCCCCCGGCAUCCCGCCCCGGGCCCCGCCGAGGCAGGUGCGGCCGGGAGGUGCGCCAGCGUUCUCUCGGGAGGUCGGGGCUCCGGCCCGAAGGCCGCUCGGCCGGCCGCGCGCAGACCCGAGGCCCGAGGCCCCCGCCCCUGGCGGCCGGCCUGCACCCCGCGCUCCCCGCGCGCUCGGGCCCGGUCCCGCCUCUCGGCAGGUUUCGCUUUCGCUUUCCGGGCACUGUCGUUAAGGAAAAUGAAAGUGGCCGUGGCCAGGCCCUGCGCGGCUGCCGUCGGGGCGAGGGGCGCAGAGUGCGGGGCGGCCGGCCUGGAGCCGGGAGCCGGGAACCAGGGCCGCAGCCUCCGCCGGUCGAGAUGGCAGCACGCCCCGGGCUUCUCCACACCGUAUGCAGUCCCAAGGCUGGAAGGCAAAGAAACAAGGAAAUGGAUUCCAUGGUGCCAGAGUUUGCAGCCUAUACACCAGCAAGUGGCACUUCAGGAGAGAAAGGAGAUGCAGACGUGUGAAAACUUGACAUGUUUCACCAGAAGCACUGUUGUACUUGUGGAUGGAUCUAUCUCUGAAUUGUGUUAAAAUCUUUCCUGUCUUGUUAAAGCUCUGUUAGCCACAUUUAACCUAUGUUGAUAAUUCAGUCAUCAUUAUGAACAUACGCAUGAAGUAAUAAGCCUAAUAGAGCCAUUUGUCCCUCCAUGAUGGGGAGCCAGAUCACUGUGCUAGAAUUCCUUAAACCCUUUUUCAUGGUCCUCUCUGUCUCUGGCUGCCUCUUGUUCCGCUUAUUUGUGGUGAGGGUGCCACACUACAGCAUAUUAACUCCUAAUUUAUUCUUUUUAAUGGUUAAACAAGAUGACUGUGCAGGGAACCGCCACCCCCCUGCCCCACCCUGCCCCUACCCAUUUUCUGCCCUUUGUGGAUUGCAUCCACCAGGCUCCAUGUCCUCAGGCUUCCAGUUGGGUGUGCCAGCUGAAGACUCCUGCAGGAGACUGGGUAGUAAUGUUGGGGUGCUUUAGGGUGCUUAUCGCCAGCCCCUCCCUUGCCAGACCUCAGGCCCGCGGGGUGAAUUCCUGCCCCUACAGCCACACCUGCCACCAGCAGCCUCUCUAGGUUCCAGUGUCCAGCUUGCGUCCUCCCUUCAGGCCCUGGGAGGAGCGCCCCACUGUUCUGGCUCCAGGGUGCCUCUCCUUCCCCUGUUGUUCCCCUCCUCCUGCUGCCGCUGUAUGAGCAGUCCUUCCUUAAGCUCCCCUCUGCUGCUGAGACAGGGCGCAUCUGUUUCCCGGGACUCUAGCAUACAGAAACUGUUUCUGAUUUGUAUCUAAAAUAAGAACAGUCCCUGACUGAGCCCUGAGAGAUCCUCCUAGGGGUCCUGGGCUUGAGCUUUGUGGCAUCUCUGGGCUACUCGGGGUUUUUUUAAUUUACUUCCUUUUUUUUAACUUCUAUACAUGAUAGAGGGUACUGGACUGAUAACUUCUCCAUAUAGGAAAAUAUUACUUAAUGGAACAUUUUGAGAAGAAAAAUACGUAUGUAAAUAAAAUAAAGAAACCAGGAGUAAAUUUAUGAUGACUUUCAGAAAUUAUGUGACAGACUGGAAUAUAUCAGUAAUUUCAGAAAAGGAUUAAUGACCUUCUUGGAUAACAAAUCCAUGCUAGGUCUUUUAAGGUAAACUGGAUGUUCUGGGGACAUCCAGGCUGUGUCUGGAUGGGAUUCCCCCAGAUCUGACAUUAGGAGUCCCUCAGGUCGGACCCACCAGGCCUCUGUGCUUCCCGGUCAGUGGCUUCUUUGAUGCUUUUGCACUGAGGUGUCCUGUGUGCCAGUCAGCCCUGGAGACGAGGAUAAACUGGAGCCCAGAGAGGCCCAUGGCCUAGCCCUGCCCGCCCACCCCUGUCACACUCACACCCAGAGGAGUAUGGCGUGGCCCAGCUGUCCUGCAGCCCCCUGAGGUCUGCCCUCAGGGCUCUCCUGCAGCAGCGCUCCCCGGAUCCCCUCGCUUCCUCACCCUGCUGGCUGGGCGGCCCUCCGUUUCGUUUCAUUUGUGCACCCCUUUGAAGUACACGCACCUCUAGGGGAAAAGUAGAAUCAAGAUCUCUUCCUGGCCACCCGUUUCCUGAGGUACAAAAAGGAAACAUUUCAUAAUGCUCCUUUAAAAAGACAACAGGAAGGGUAGUGCCGUUCUGACUGGCAGGGGUGGCCAUGGGGUGUUCAUAGGCCAGGGCAUGAGGUGGCACAUGGUGGCUGAGGUCCCCACCACACGCCCCACCCUCAGGGCCCAAGCCACCCUCCAGCCCACUCCAGCAGAGCCAUGGACCCUCGCCCCACUUCCUCCUGAGCAAACUGAAGUGGAGAGGAACACUUAAGCCUUUACACCCCGGCUCCCAUGUCCAUGCUGCUUUUACCUCUAGGAUUUUUUUUGGCAGGGGAGGAGGAGACUGGGCAAUUGGAGAUGGAUUUGUUUGUUCUUACUGUGGCAGCCUUGGAGUGAUGGAGCCUCUGUCAAUUUAGCUUGUGCUCUCCCAGCCCACGCCAUCUGGUCCCUCAGCCCAGUGAGCCCAGCCAAUGCCCCCCAGCGUCCCCCUCAGCAGAGUGGCAGGAGGCCUGAGGCCCCUUCCUGUUCACUCUUGAUCUGAGGACGUGACGCUGGGGGAAGCAGACAUACAGAGACAUGGCCAGAAGAGCCGGCCUGUGGCUGGAUGGUGGAGGCUGAGGGAAGCCUCUGAAGCCUUUCUGUACUGCCCCUCCCAGAGCAGAAGGCUCAUGGUCCAUGCUCGCCUGGGAGAGUAGAGGGGGCCAUGGUGGGCAGAUCAGCUGUGCAGUAUGUAAGCCUGUGACCUGUCUUGUCCUGUCCAAGCUGCCUGUAGUUUGACCAGACUAUGCUGGAGGUGGCCAUUGCUAGGGUGGCUGCCACUAACCACACAGAGAGGAAGGACAAUUUUCAGUCUAGGCACUUGAGCUGACAGCAGGAUGUUGCAAGUUCCUAAUCUGGACCCAGAGAACAGGGAGUUUGGUCUUCUUCUGGAACCCAGAGUUGGCUGUUACUCACAAACAUAGACACCCUGAGUGGAACCUUCCCCCAGUGUGUCAGAGCCUCAGCAAUGCCUCUGACCUGGGUAGCAGUCGCCGGAAGGCCCAGCUGACACUUCUGUGUAAGUGGCCCCAUUGCAACUGUACUGAGUGAGCCAGUUCCCUGGGGUGGGCGGGGCCCACCUUGUUCCCAUUACACACCAUCACAAGCUGAUGCAACCAGCUUUCAACAGACACUGCCAGGGAAGAGACACAUGACAGCAGCCUGCUGCAAUACUGCUCUGCAGGAGGCCUGCUCACAUCAGCAAAGACAGACCUCUCCCCACCCAGUACCUCACCCAGCCGAGCUGGAAGCACCCCUUGUCAGGACCAUUUGAGGCCUUUGAGUGGAUCUGCCUUUCUCAAGAAAUUAAACCAGCGGCUCUCCAUCCUGCCUGCACAUUACAGUCAUGUAGGGCAUUUAAAAAUAUGGGUGCCUGGGCCCCCCAAAGAUACUGACUUGAAUUGAUGUAGGUUUUUAAAAAAAAUAUUUGAAGUCAUUAUUGAAGGAGAAUAUACAUGGGGAAAAAAGCACAGAUGGUAAGCGUACAAGCUCAGUGAACUUUCUUUCACAAAGUGAACUUACCCAUGUUAACCAGCACCCACAUCAGAAGAACAUCUCCAGCAGCCCCGACCCCCAGGGGUCAUCGCCAUUCUCACUUCUAACAACAGGAAUUCAUUUGGCCUGUUUUCAAGCUCUAUAUACUACAAAUGGAAUGGUGUCUGACUUCUUCCACUCGACAUUGUGUCUGUGAGUCAUUCUGCUCAUGGUUGGAGUUUGUUCCUUCUCAUUUACUCUAGAGUAUAUUCCACUGUAUGCAUAUUCCUCAGUUUAUCUGUGCAUUCUGCUGUUAAUGGAUAUUUGGGUAUUUGGGUUGUUGUUUGCAUUUUGGAAUUGCCAUGCUACCACUGCUCUGAGCAGUGUCUUAUGGAGCCCAUUGUGUAUUUCUGUUGCAUAUAUACUUAGAAGUGGAAUUGCUGGGCAAGUAUGGAUAUGAGGAUGUUUGGCUUUAGUACCUUAUGCUGAAUUAUUUUCCAAAGGACCAAUUUACACCCCUCCAUCAAUGUAGGAGUGUUUCGGUUGCUUCGCAUCUUUGCCAACAAUUGGAACUUUCUAUCUUUUUCAUGUUAGCCAUUCUGGUGGGUGUGUAAUGGUAUCGCAGUGUGGUUUUAAUUUGCAUUUCCCUGAUGACUAAUACAGUUGAGCAUCUUUUCAUAUGUUUCUUAGCCAUGUCAUCCUCUUUUUGCAAAGUGCCUGUUACAGUAUUUGGACAGAAGUAUUUUUAAGAAGCCCCUUAGGUGGUUCUAAUGUGCAGCCAAGGUUGAAAACCAUUGUAUUAAACCACAGGUUAGCAUCUGCUGCUUUGUUUCUCAGUGUCCUGCCCUUGAACUGAGAGUAUUUUUGAUCUGAGGGAACCUCCUGGACCUGGGGAAAGAUAACCUUCAUCCCCCAGACCAAGGUGAGUCUACUGAAAAAGCAAGAGAUUGCAGCUGGAGUUUAGGCAGUUGAGAAUCUUUGGGAAUGUAGCCUCCACUUCAGAAGGAUCCAUAGAGAGCCUUUGGUGUCCACAGCUGCCACAGAUAUUUCCUGACCACAAAAAUGACCCCUUGCUGGUCUCCCCGGAGCCCCAGGCAAUCGUGUGGAGGAAGUGGAGGGGCCCUGUGCCAGGUACUUCCCAGUUUCUAGGCCAGCAUGAAUGGGACACAGCUCAAGUCAGGGUUGUGGUCAAGCUGGGGACAGUGGGGCAUAUGCCAGGGGCCUAGGUGGGGCUGAGGGAGGUGUUCUGUCUGUGGCUUUCUCCAGGGUGAAGGAGCAGCCUGUGGGGCUGUCCCUCAUGGGUCCAGGCCUGGCCAGCUCUUGAGUUCCACAGCUUUGCAUAUAGGUCCCUCACCUGUAAUGGUCUCCUCUAUUCUCUGCUACCCACCUUGGGGGCCCUGAUCUGGGACCUUCCCUGAUAACCCCACCCCUACUUGACCCCUCUCUGUCCUGAGCUCCAUAGCACUUAGUCUGCAGUGCAGCUCCUUAUUACACACUGUCUCGUGCUGAGCUCCCCUCAUGUCAUCUGUGCCCAUCUCUUCCCUGCCUCUGGGCUGCAGCCACAUCCCAGGGACUCCUGGCCACUUCCUUGGGCUGCCCCACAGUAAGUAAGGUGGCAUUUGGUGACUCAGUGACAGCAUCCUCCAGCUCGAGAAGGAAGAUGCAGUGACAUAUGGACCACACGCGGAAUCAGCAUCCUCCUUCCCUCAGAUGCACUGUGCAGGUGGAGAAAGAGCUACUCUGUGCAGGCUCCCUGUUCACACAUGUGCCACCUGUCUGGUGGGCCAGGAGCUCUGUGCAGUGGGCCUGGGGCUGGACCACCAGCAGGGGCAAGGAGGCAUGCAUAAAGAUCCCUCAGGUAGAGGGGCUCUGAACCCCUGAUGGAGCUCACCACAGUGUCCAGGGCUCAUGGGAGGGGAGGGGGGCUCUGUCAGUGCCGGUCCCCACAUGCUCUCUGGACAGAGCAUGGGCUACCUUCUGUUGGCUGAAGUCCUGCCACAUGUGUGACAUGAGAUGAGGGGCAAGGAGGUACAAGGCAAAGUUGACAUUUUGGAGGUAGGUGAGCAGAGUGCCCACUCUGGGCUUUCAGUUAGGCAACAUCCUGUGCAUUCAAACCCAUCUUGGAAAUUGCUCUAGAUAUAGAGUAUUUCAUAUCUGGUGGUCCAGGCAUAGAUGUUGGGGUUCCCUUGAUUGGCCCAAAUGGUAGCCUGAGCCCACCACCAGCCAGCACGCUCUCUGAGUCCUGGAAUAACAACGGGAAGAGCAUUCUCUCCGGCAGAGUAGGAGAACUCCGGUUGCUUCACAUCCUUACCAACAAUUGGCAUUCCAUCUUGUUCAUAUUCGCCAUCUGAGUCACAUAAAAACAGAGACCCCUCUCCUUCUGCUGAGCCUGCAUCCCAGCCUCUCUUCUCUCCAGGGCUCCUUGCCCAGCAGUCACGCCCUUUAGUUCUCCCCAGCCUGGGCCUCCAGCUCCCAUUCCCCUCUGGCUCCCAUGGUGUGGGUUUACCAUGUGCCCAUCUCCAUCAUCCAAGUAAGGCUUCCCUCUGCGCCCUUCCCUGGGAAGCACAGCUGUGCCCCCUGCCGCUCAAGGCCAAGAUGCUGGAGGAGAUGUCUCCUCUCUCCCGUUCCUCCUCCAUACUUACUCAGCAAGUAUUCAUUUUACACCUGCCCGUUCAACAGAGAACAAGUCCACCUGGCUCUGUGCUCAUGACGCUUAGAAUCAAGUGGGGAAGACAGACAGAAAUUAACAAAUGCUUAUGUAAGAGCAGUUGUGAUCAGCACUGCCACAGCCCAACAGCACAGGCCAGUUCCCUUCUGUCCUUGCACACCUGCAAACAUCUGCUUGUCCUUUGAGGCUCAGCUCACCUGCCACCUCAUCUGUGCCACCUUCCCAACACUGCACCUGCAUGACAGGCUGGCCCUCUGGGUGUAACUCCUCCUACAAAGGCUGAAAUCCGAGGGCAGAGACCAGACUACACUCACCUCAGAGCCCCCCUGCCUGGGAUGGAGCCCAGUGCACUGGGGUGCUCAGGAGAUGAAUGCACAUCCCUGACAAGACUGAGCCAAAGUGUGUGAACAUCUCCAGGGGCUGAGAACCCACUACUUCCUUUUUUCCUUCAAUGGCCUUUUGUUGCUUUUUAUCAUUGUGAAAGUAAUUUGGGUUACAUCACAGCAAUGUGAGCUUACUAGUACUGAACUGCACACCCACAAAAGGUUAGAUGGUAAGUUUUAUGUUAUAUGUAUUUUACCACAGUUAAAAACAAAAACAAUGCAAAGAAUACAAAAAUGGAGAAAAAGGGAGAAAGGUCCAUAUUGUCAAGAAACAAAGGACAAAGGAUUUGAUUCAGAAUUAGAUAAAAAAAUAAGUACAGAAAUGCAAAUUAAAACCACGAUGAGAUACUACUUCACACCCUUUAGGAUGGCUGUUAACAAAAAAAUAAAAAACAACAAGUGUUUGUAAGGAUGUAGAAAAAUUAGAAUCCUCGUGCAUUGCUGGUGGGAAUGUAAAAUGGUUUAGUUGCUAUGGAAAAUGGUAUGUUGUUGCCUCAAAAAAUUAAGCAUAGAAUUGCCAUGUGAUUCAGCAAUUCCAAUUCUGGGUUAUGUACCCAAAAGAAUUAAAAACAGGGACACAAAGAUACAGUUCACCCAUCUCCUGUCAGCAUUAUUCACAAUAGCCAAAAGGUAGAAACAAUUCGCAUGUCUG